CUGAAACCCCUGUGCCUGGCUAGGUCUAUUUCAGUUCACCAGCCUUCCAUGGCCAUCCUUGCUAUUACUUACGUAUCACGAGCAGGGGUUUUCCCGAUCCUCCACUGACCAUAACUAUAUCGUAAAUAUUCAGCCUCUUCUGGUAUCAUCAUUUCCGGGCUGAGCUUCUCCUCCUACGACAUACAUACUGCGGCACAUAUCCUUUGCUUUUGGGUUACCUACGAACCUACCCAGCUACUUACAGACAGAGACACAUACCACACUAAAGUAACAUACUCUCAACAUAGUUCUGUUGAGUUAAGCACACCGAAAUUAUUUCCUAUCCCUAAUGCACACGCAACAGCUUCAGAACCCAGUCUAGUAGACACGCCAGUCAUGUCCCAUCACGAACCUUUCAAAGCACUCUGUCCGACGGAGUGGAAAGCCGUAUCCACAGACUCGCUACCGGCCACCCUCCGCGACACAUUCGCUCAUGCUCAAACUAUUGUCGACAGCAUCCCCCUUCCGCCUAACGUCGCCAAAGCCGCCCAUAGUGGUGCGGCCCAGCAAGGCCGGGCACGGUCGAAAACAGAGCCAUCGGGCGGCACCUCGGUUGCCCUCAAUCGAACUCUGUGCCCCAGUACUCCCCUCGGAUGCGCCGACACGGCCAAGAAGCUGCAUAAGGAAUGGCGUGAGGUCAAGAUGAACCCGCGAGACAACCCGCUUGCGAUUAACGUCUACAAGCUAGGUGCCAAGGAUGGAAAGGGCACCUGGUUCGCCCGACGGAGCGUGCACGAGGGAAUAUCGUUUGACAAGUUCCGGCUCGGGCUGGAGAAGGAGUUUGGCGAGGCGCUGCGGGCCCGCGCGGCAAAACCUGAUGCUGGACCUGGCGCGGGCAACGUGAGGGGAAUCGGGGCAGAGAGGAGAGUGGAGCAGGAGAUCGUCGAUGGAGUGGGCAAGGCUGAAGUAUACCAUCUUUCGGCCCAGUUUCCGGGUCCAACAACCCCUCGCGACUUUGUCACUCUUCUUCUCACUGCUGCUAGUGGCGGCAAUGAAACCAUCACAAGGAAAGAAAAUGGUGUCCCUCAUGCGCCGAGACAGUUUGUGGUGGUAUCAAAGCCAUGCGUGCAUCCCGAAUGCCCACAGCGCCAAGGAUUCAUUCGGGGACAAUACGAGUCUGUUGAAAUAAUCAGGGAAAUUCCAAUCGAAGUCCCGCUGCGCAAAGUCCGAUCAUCCGUCGACCUCAGUAGGGAGGAAGUCGAUGAGAUCAGUAAUGCCGAGAAGAAGGCUGCGGCUGGGCGCGAGGCUCUGUUGAACACAGCGCAGAAGGCCGGCGCCGUCGCAGGAUCUGUCUCGGCCGGCGAGACUGACGACGAAUCAGACAAUAGGUCAACACACAGCGAUGUUGGCACCAUCAAGAGCGCUAACCGUGGUAUUAGUGUCCGCCCUGAGACGGAUAUGGCGGUUGAAUGGCUCAUGGUGACUCGCAGCGACCCGGGCGGUAGCGUGCCUCGGUUCAUGGUCGAGAAGGGCACUCCGGCUGGCAUUAUUAGUGACGCCGCGAAGUUGCUUGAUUGGCUUGCCAAAAAGACCCCUGAAGAACUGGAAAGGUCAGACGAGGAGCCAGCUCAGCAAGAACAACAACAACCAGAGGCUGAGGCUGACAAGUCGACCUCAACCUUGAAUACCGGCGACUCCACCACUGCGACCGCAAGUGGCUCCGACAAGCCAGUUGAUAACCCGACAAGUAACCUCGUUCCGACUUCUGAAGCACAGGCUGAGGAUGAGCCUCCGAUUCAGCCGGCAACUGGCCUAUAUGGCAUGAUUACCGGCGUUUUUGGAGUUGCUGGUUCUGUUAUAUCCUCGCGGCUCAGCAAUCCGUUAGGGGGGUCCAUUAGAGCUACCGACUCUGAACCAGACCUCGACGAUCAAUACCGCGACGACAGUGACUCAGAGUCGGACACAAACUCUUUCAAGUCCUUCAGCUCAGAUUCUCAAUCUCCGCGAAAAGAUGAGGGAAACUCAGACGGUCUCUCUGGCUCUAUGUUGUCUAUGGACACGGAGGAUACCCUCCAAAAGGCCACGUCAAACUAUUCUCAGGAGUCACAGGGCUCUCAGACACCAAAGAUUUCCUCACGCACCGAGACGCAGAAUGAGAAAGAGCUCAGAAAGCUACAUGACCGCCGCCGUCGAGUCCACGAGAAAAUUGCCAAGAUUCAAGAGCGAUCCUCUACGAAGCGUAACGGUGAUAAGGAAAAGGACGAGCGUGAGAUGGCCAAACUCAAGGAAAAGCACGAAAAGGAGCUCGCACGGCAAGAGGAAAAGUACCAGCGGGAGUUGAGAAAGAUUGAGGAGCGGCGCCAGCACGAAGAGAGGAAGGCGGAGCAGCGCAGGAAGAAGCAGGUCGAGCGGGAGGAGAAGGCCAACAUAGCCCUCGAGCUCGACCGCGUCAAGGCGGAGAGGGACGUCGCCCGUAAGCAGAUUGAUAUUCUCAAGGACCAGAUCGGAGAGCUCCAGUCGCAGAAUACAAUGUUGGUAGCGACUCUGGGCAAGCAUGGCUUGCUAAAGGGUGGCGGCAACGAGGCCUGGAGGGACUUGCAGGGGACGAGCAAUGCAGCUGCUGUGGCGGAGGCGUGAUGCGUACUGAAAGAUUGCUGACUGACGAAACGUGCUACGAAUUUCUAAAUUAUGAUUGCCCUGGGGGACUGUUUCCUGUACUAGGUUUAUUUCAUCGUACUAACCAUCAAAAUGCUAACCACCUGCACAUAUAUCUAACUGAUUUUCUUCGCCUGCAACAAACCUUGCUGCCUCAAGUGUACAUGAGUUGGUGGAAUGUACUGCAUAUUGAAGUGAUUUAUUAGCACUAUCGGGGUUUUCUUGUUUAAUUGCAGGUGGC